CCCCCGCCUUCCUGCUGUCACUUCGAGCAGCUCGGAAACCAGUUUUUUUCAAAAAUGGAACCCUGUUCCUGCGACACUUUUGUGGCAUUACCUCCAUCAACAAUUGAUAACAGGAUUAUUUUUGGAAAAAAUUCAGAUAGACUCUGCAACGAAGUACAAGAGGUAGUUUAUUUUCCUGCUGGAGUUCAUAACUUGGGAGAACAGCUUAAGUGUACUUACAUAGAAAUUGAACAAGUUCCUGAAACAUAUGCUGUUGUCCUUAGUCGCCCUGCAUGGUUGUGGGGGGCAGAAAUGGGAGCCAAUGAGCAUGGAGUUUGCAUUGGGAAUGAAGCUGUAUGGGGAAGAGAAGAAGUUUGUGAUGAGGAAGCCUUGCUGGGCAUGGACCUUGUCAGAUCUGUCUUUAAGCCUUUUAUAUUUGUGCCACAUAUUUCACAAUUAUUGGAUACCUGUUCACCCACAUUUGAACUUGAAGACCCAGUUAAAAAGAAGGCACAGUGUAAACCUGACAGAAGACAUCCACUCUACCUGGAACAGCAACAGGCAAGGGAUGCAAUCGAUAAUAAGGAAAAAGCCAAAACAAUGUUGGACAAUAUGAAGAAGCUGGAGAAAGAACUAUUCAGAGAGAUGGAAUCAAUCCUCCAAAACAAGCAUCUUGAUGUAGAUAAAAUGGUUAAUCUCUUUUCUCGGUGUGUAAAAGACGAAAUUAGAAUUUAUAAGUCAAAUAUUGGUCCUUAGUGAUUAUAUAAAUGGUAAGAAACCUUUCUCAAAGCUAGAAUUUAUUGCCUUGGUAGUGAUAUCUACCUACUUUGAGCAGAUCUGAUUAUUCUUUAAUAGCAUACAAGAGAUAUUUGGAUGAAAUAUAUAGUUGUGGGGAAAUAUUGAAAAAGAAAGCUUUGAAAUCAAACUUAUGACAGGAUAGCUAGGUGUAACUUUAGGUAAUGCUGUUGCUUUUAAUCACAAUGGCUAUUUUUGUCACAAUGAUUAAGUAUUCAAUUCUACAUAAAGCAUGAAAUGUGAACGAUGUAUAGAUUUAUGUUGAUUAUAUCCAGAACUCAGAUUUUUAGUCUUGAAAAAAAAUCUCAAAUUAUGAGGCUUUUCUUUUUUGUUUAGGAAAACAUUAACUGGGUAUGAAGAAAAAUUUCCAUAUUUCCAUAUUGUCUUUGUCAUCAUAGUGUAUUAAUUCUGUAAAUUCCCUUUUAUGAAACCCAACAUAUUCGUCACUACGUGGCUGAUGGGUGAACUUACAGUUCUCGCCAUCCUGCCUCCUUCCCUUUAUCCCCUUCUCCCUUGGAAACCACAAGAUCAACUCUAGAUUUUUUUAUUGUCUCCAUAGUGGUAUUUUUUUUUUCAGACUAUUAUAUAUUUAGAAUCAGGAAGUAGACUUUUCAGAUUGUGUUGG